AUGAUUGCGGUCCUCGAUGGCUUUGUGGAUGAUGAGCUGAGUCACGUGAUCCGCAGCAAACUGGUGCCCCUUGCACCCGGUGCCCGAACGGCAUUGUCCGAAGUUCCUGUUCCAAGGCAGCUAGAGCAGCGCUUGCAAGCAGUUUUCAGAUGCUGCUCCGAGGGUCGCGACCCAAACUCCAUGGCCCUCGCGAAGCCGGGGGGCGUGGCGGGCGCGACAGCAGAUGCAGACAUGGUUCUGAUGCCGGGGAGGGUGGCCGUGGGAAGUUCUCCUAUGCACCAAGACACGGGCUUCGACAAGACGGGGAAACCGGAUCCAGCGCAUGUUCAAGGUUUCGUGGCAGUCCUGUACCUUGCCGGAACAGGCACGCUGACGAUUCACAGCAUUUCGAAGGAGCACGUCGUGGAUGUGAAGCCAGGAAGGUUGGUUGUGUGGCCGAAUGAUCGCUGCAUCCACCGUCUGGACGGUGGAGGCAGCCGCAUGAUGCUUGGGCCCAUGGCCCUGGACUCCGCCGGGUGGAAGCGUGCCGGGGACCAGUACGCGGUGUGGCGUGGCCAGCCUUGCUAUGGUGGAAAUAGCUGCGGGUGUGACGAUUGUAAGAGACGACGAGGUGAGAAAUCAAAAGAAAACGCAGAGCAGGACCGCACAGCAGUUGUCGUUGAGUCAGGUAGCCAGGCAGGGACUGAAGGCUGUUGGCUUUCAUGUACAGUUAGCUGA